CAGAAAUUACCUUACCGAACCCUCCCAAGUCCCAGCCUCCCAGCCAUAGAAAAGAAUCUACUUGCCGACGUACGAACAGCAAUUAGGGGAAAUCAUCAAACGAGUAGUCUUCUUUCUUCCUUCUUCACACCCUUCACUGCCUCUCCUUCAAUCUCGCAACUGGCCGUCCGCUCUGUCUCCCCGUCAGGCUUCAAACCGCUCGUGGAAAUGGUCUGCGACAUUCAUCUCUCUGCUAGGGCGGGGGUGUCGUGCAAAGUAUUUUACUACGCGAUUUGGUGGAUGGCCGAUUGUUGAAAGAGGAGAUUUGGGGUUGUUUUGGUCCUCUCAAGUUCUCGUCAACACUGUGGGGGAAUCCUUCCAUUUCUUUUACGGGAAGUUUUGUAGGUUUUCGCGUGUUUAGAUUGAAGGCGCCGUUCGGUGUGUGCCAAGAUUAAUCUUACUCCUAUUCUUUGGAAAGAUUGUUUUGACGAAGAAGUCAGAAAUGUUGGGAAAGAAAAGUUAGGUCUGAUUUCACUGCACUACUAUCUUUCGCUUUCUGCACAUUUAGUUUCCUGCUCUUUACAUUGUAGUGGGGGAUGCUUCAACCGUUUAAUGAGUGGGUAUGCUCAAAAGUGGUCUGUGGAACUCUGGCUUGGGACGUGAAGAAAGGAACACUGAAGCCCAAUGGAAGACUCACGAGGUCCACUUCUACCGACUAGCCACCAGGAAUCUGGCCAUUCUCAGAACAAUGGGAGAGUUAAUGUAGAAGGGUGGGGUAAUCGUGGCGGCUCUUUGUUUCCUGGUUUGAGGAAAAGAGGGCAUGGGCACGGGAGUCGUUCCUGGAUAAAGAUUGACCAGGAUGGGGCGUCGAAGAUUGUGGAGCUUGAUAAGGCCACAAUAAUGAGACAUUGUUCCCUUCCUUCUAGGGAUUUGCGGCUGUUAGACCCUCUUUUCAUUUAUCCGUCUGCCAUCCUAGGACGGGAGAAGGCUAUUGUGGUGAACCUUGAACAGAUUAGAUGCAUAAUCACAGCUGAAGAAGUAAUUUUGAUGAAUUCUCUGGAUAAUUCUGUUCUCCAGUAUGAGGCUGAGUUCUGCAGGCGUCUUCAGAACAACAAGGAUCAAGCUGAAGACUUGCCAUUUGAGUUUGGAGCUCUAGAGUUAGCGCUGGAACUAACUUGUUCUUCCCUUGAUGCUCAAGUAAAAGAAUUGGAAAUGGAGAUAUACCCAGUACUGGACGAACUAGCUUCAUCCAUUAGUACCCUAAACUUGGAGCGUGUAAGGAGACUCAAAGGCCAACUCCUUGCUUUAACUCAGAGAGUCCAGAAGGUCCACGACGAGAUAGAGCAACUUAUGGACGACGAUGGAGACAUGGCUGAGAUGUAUCUCACUGAGAAGAAACUGAGAUCUGAAGCUUAUGAGGCAGGUGACCUAGACUCUGAAAAUGACAUCUCCGAGCACACAAAAGGGGGUUCAAAAUCAGCACCUUGUUCACCGAUUAGGUCAGUUAGUGGUGUCCAAAAAUUGCAGAGAGCAUUUAGCAGUGUUGUUAAUUCAAGUAGACACGGGAGUCUGAGUACUACGAGUAAUGGUGAUAACAUUGUCGAACUUGAAAUGCUGCUCGAGGCUUACUUUGUCGCCAUUGAUAAUACCCUCAGCAAGUUAUCCUCGCACAAAGAAUACAUUGAUGACACAGAAGAUUUGAUCAACAUUAAACUGGGCAAUAUCCAGAACCAGCUCAUUCAAUUCGAGUUGCUUCUAACAGCAGCUACCUUCGUGGCCACAGUGUUUGCUGUAGUGACGGGAGUAUUUGGGAUGAAUUUUGAAGACUCGGUUUUCGAUAAUCCAUCGACAUUUCAUUGGGUCGUGAUUGUGACAGGUCUCGGUUGUUGCAUUAUGUUCUUAUCCUUCUUGUUCUACUUCAAGCACAAGAAAGUCUUCCCUGUAUAGAACAUUUCUGGGGUUAAACCUUCAUUCAAAGACAAUUAUUUGUUACAUUUGCAUCUAGUUGAUGAUUAUUCUCAAGUUUUUCAGCAUUGGAGGUCUCAAUAUCUUAACUUUAGGUAAGUGGGUAAGUACGCACUCAUUAUUUAUAAGAUGCUGCUUAUCAAUAGAGGUUGCAGAU